AUGAUCGAUGAUAUCAAGGAGCUGCUUUCGUUGGGGACAAGGAUCCGCGAUGCCGCGAAGGGUGCCGAUGCCGUUAAGACCAAAAUGCGCACCCGGCUCGCGGACUACGACGGCGUGCUUCAAGUGCUGCUGCAGAGCGACUUCGCGGAUAUCAAAAAUGAACUGCUCAGGCUGCGCGGACUAUACGAGGAAAUAGACGCGCUGCACGUGAAACACACGGCAGACCCUGCGGACCCCAAGUGGGCCAAGGCUGCCAAGAAGGUCAACAGAGGAACCCAGCACAAGUCGAUCGAGGAAGACUUGGACGCCAUCGACAAGGAAGCCCGUCAGCUGUUCGGCAUUAUUGCCACGAAAUCGUCGAUCGACACCCGCAAGACAAUCAAGCAAAUCUUGGAGCUACAGAGGGGACCCAACACCGUGGGAACUCCGGUGGCGAUCGCGGGAGGGGUGUUCGCAGCGCUGCUCGUCGCGUUCGCGGCCGUGAUACUGUCUCACCGAAAUGAGAUAUCGCACAUCGACAUGGGCGAAGUGGUAGGGCUUGUUUUGCAAGACCUACAGCUUGAGGGGGUGCGCAUCACCUUCGCAUCGCACGUGUCGAUCGUGGCGGUGUUCGGAGCGCUGCUCGUCGUUUCCUCGGCCGUCAUUUGGGCUCAGAGAAAAGCUUUCUCGACCAUGAUUCGCGAUGUGCUCCCCCCGACGUUGCCCCAACGGGCCGCCGUACCCACGGGAGCGCUUGCGUUGCCCCGCAGCUACGUGGAGCGGCCCGGCGUCCAAGAAGCUAUGGGCGACCUCAUGGACCCAGAGAAGGCCCUCGCCCCCUACAUGAUUGUCGGCAUGGGUGGAGGGGGGAAAACGGUGCUGGCCUCUGCUCUAGUGCGGAAGUCGAGCGUCCUGGAGCACUUCCGUGGGGGUAUUUUCUGGAUGGAGAUGGGGAGGGGCGCCAACAAGAGUCUCCUACACCGCCUGCAGGGCCUGGCAAGGGAGAUGGGCGCAGCACCCACGGAUGCUCCGCACGGGGUGCCUCACGUCUUCGACAGCCUGGAGCAGGUCAUGCAACACCUGGCUGCGGUGGUAUCCAGGGGCUCCUCCCCGCGCUUGGUGGUGCUGGAUGACGUGUGGGAGCGCGAGGUCGUGGCCGCGUUUCUUGGGGUGGGAUUGAAGGUGCUGGUGACCACGCGUGACCGAUCGAUUGUCGGUGUUCCGGGGGGGUUGCUGGAGCUGGGAGACAUGGCGGAGGAUGAGGCGCUGGAGCUGUUGUGGAAGACGAGUGGGACUGUGGGUCAGCCUGGGGACGGUGUCCGGACACAAAUGACCAAGGUUGUUGACCGCUGCGGACGCCUGCCCCUGGUGCUCGCCAUCGCGGGUUCCAUGCCCGUCGUGAAAGGGAAGGGCUUGAAGGACGGUGCUUGGGAAGAGCUGAUCGAAGAGUUCGAGAACGUCACCACGAUAAUGUGGGAGCCGGGAGAAGAGUCGAGAAAUCUCGAUAUGGUCCUUGGGGCCAGCUUCAAUGCGUUGGCAGCAAGGAAGCGGGAGGAGUUCCUAAGGAUGGCUGUGUUGGCACCGGGCGCUGUUGCGCCGUUCGAGAUGCUGCGAAAUCUGUGGGAGAUACAGGACGUGGAGGGUACGAAGGAGGAAGCUGAGGGUCUGGUGAACAAGUGUCUGCUGCAAGAUGUGGAUGGAGUUGGGUACCGUGUACAUGACCUCCUCCUCAAGUACUUGAGAGUUAAAAUCAAGCAAGACGGUGAGAGGGUGAAAAAGGCUACAGCGCUGCAGGCGCAGUACCUCGGGAGACUAGACGUGGUCAUGAGUUACGGAGACCAGAAGCACGGUGCUGACAAUCAAGGCUUGUUCGGUUUGGGUACCCUCUGGCGAUGUCUAGAGAAGCUCUCAGGAGACCCUGUACUGGAGACUGCCUCGUACCGCGCCAUUCUGGGAGAGUUGGAUUCAUGCGAAGCGACUGCGGAGGUGGCUAAUUGCCUCGAAUGGGUCGCUCUCUUGUACGAUAUCCAGGGCAAGUUCGCUGAGGCCGAACCACUCUAUGAGAGAUCACAAACUAUAUUAGAGAAGGUGCUGGGCUCGGAGCAUUCUGACGUGGCCAAAGCGCUCAACAACCGGGGCAAAUACUCGGAAGCUGAGCCACUCUAUGAGCGGUGUCAGGCAAUACAGGAGAAGAUUCUAGGCCCUGAGCACCUUGAGCACCCAAGUCUGGCCACAACGCUCAACAACAGGGCGGGGUUGUUGGAGGCGCAGGGAAAGUAUGACGACGCGGAACCGUUGUACGUAAGAGCUAUCGCUAUCGGAGAGAAGGCGUUGGGCCCAGAGCAUCCAGAUGUUGCCGUGUGGCUCAACAACCGGGCGGAGUUGUUGAGAGCGCAGGGGAAAUAUGAGGAGGCCGAGCCGCUGUAUGAGCGGUCACAGGCAAUACGGGAGACGGUGCUAGGUCCAGAGCAUCCUGAUGUGGCCCAGUCGCUCAACAACCGGGCGGAGUUGUUGAGAGCGCAGGGGAAAUAUUUUCAGGCCGAACCGCUGUAUGAGCGCUCCCUGGCCAUCCGCGAGAAAGCGCUAGGGCCUGAUCACCCUGCCGUGGCCCAGUCGCUCAUUCACCGGGCGAGUUUGUUGGAGAGUCAGGGCAAUUAUCAGGAAGCCGAACCACUGAUGAAGCAGUCUUUAACCAUCCGCCGGAAAACUCUCGGCCCCGACCACCCUUUAGUGGCUGAGGUGCUCAAUAACUGGGCGGGAUUACUGACUAAGCAGGGGAAGUACGACGAGGCGGAACCGUUAUACGCCAGCAUGUACGCUCGGAUGGCUGUCUUUGAGAAAAACCUUGGGUACGAACACCCCUAUGUGGCCACGGCAUUCAACAACUGGGCUGGGGUGUUGAAGAAACAGGGCAAAUACAGCGAGGCCGAGCCGUUAUACGCCAGAGCUGUUGCUAUCGCGGAGAAAGCUUUAAGCCCGGAUCAUCCAGAUCUUGCGUUUUUUCUCUACAACUGGGCGGAGUUGUUGAAGGCUCAGGGUAAAUACGCCGAGGCCCAAGCACUGUAUGUGAAGUCACACGCCACGCGCGAGAAGGCUCUCGGUCCGGACCACCGUUUCGUGGCCGAUUCACUCAACGGCUUGGCGGAGUUGUUGAGGUUGCAGGGCAAGUUUGACGAAGCGGAACCUCUAUGUGUGAAAGCCAUCGCUAUCGGAGAGAAGGCUUUGGGUCCAGAUCAUCCAGUUCUUGCCGAGUAUCUCGACAACCGGGCGGAGUUAUUAAGGAUGCAGGGCAACCAUGCGGAGGCCGAGCCACUUUGUGAGCGAUCACUGGCCAUAAGGGAGACAAUGUUGGGUCCGGAGCAUCCGGACGUAGCCCAGUCGCUUAACAACAGGGCGGUGUUGUUGGAGAGUCAGGGGAAGCACAAGGAAGCCAUUUCGCUAUUCGAACGAUCCCUCUCAAUCCGCACGAAGAAGCUUGGGGCAGACCACCCAUACACGGUCGGGACUCGGAACUGGCUGGAAUCCGUGCGAAAGAAGGUGUGAACACGAGACCGGAGCGGCAUGCGAGAUUUGUGUAGCAGAGCGAUGAGCAUUUUGGGAUAAGUAUGUAGUCAGCGUCAGGCGUAACGGGUCGGUGCCUGUGUUACCCACGUUCCCGGAGAUUGUAAUGUAUUACCUUUGUCACGGGUCUCGUUUUUGAUGGCUUCCUCGAUCAUGCUUUGUCCCUACCGUUGUACCGGACUUCGCGAUUCUCUUCCUUGUGGUGUUUUUAUUCGCACAGCAGUAGUAACGUCCUUUUGAAGGGACGGGCGAUGGUUGUUUUGAGUCGCCAUGUCACGGGUCCUAAAUUCACAUGGAAGCGAAUGUUUUGUUUCGACGAUGAGUGAGUUUUAUUUCAGUACCGUAGCUAACACCAGCGUGUGCGCGAUGACGUUUUUCUUUUUUGGUACCCAAGUGUUGUGAUGGAAUGCAUUUAGCGUAGGUCGUACUCUGGCGUAGCGCAGCGGAGUUGCAGGCUUGGUACUUCUACAGUCCCAUGGGCCGUUCCAGCUGUUCCAGGACCGUUUCGAGGAAUCAUGUGAGACCGAGAACCAU